GGUUGUCACAACUUAACCUAUAAUUUACAACUAUCCUAUGUUGAAUUUGAAAAAACGUUUAAAAUGCUGUUUUACUCGUUUUUCAAGUCCUUGGUUGGUAAGGAUGUAGUCGUUGAACUCAAAAACGAUUUAAGUAUUUGUGGGACGUUGCAUUCUGUCGACCAAUAUUUAAACAUUAAAUUAACUGAUAUAAGCGUAACGGACACUGAAAAAUAUCCGCAUAUGCUUUCAGUGAAAAACUGUUUCAUUAGAGGCUCUGUAGUACGAUAUGUACAAUUACCUGCUGACGAAGUUGACACACAAUUGUUACAAGAUUCAGCUAGGAAAGAAGCUUCGGUACCUACGAGAUAAGUUCUAAUAUUUUAGAUGUAUAUUUAAUUUAAGAAGUAAUAAUAACUAUUAUUGUAGACUGUUUUCUUAAAAAGAGCUGGUAAUAAACCUUUUCAUAUUUAAGUUUA